ACUCUAUGGCAAAUUGUCAAUAAGUCAAAAUAAAAAUGGUUUCUUGGAGUGCUUUAGGCCGAUCUUUCGGCGUAAAUUUAUUUAAAAAUAACAUCAAAUCGACCUUCUCCGUUUCUAAUGUGAGUUUUUCGACUAGUAAGGCCAUAAGCGCAGGCCAUGGACACCAGACAAUGGCAUUACAACCCUCCAGAUGGCAGUGGCACAAAUUCAAAGAUAUGUUCCACUAUUAUUUGAUGGUGGGAUUGAUCCCUGUAGGGCUGAUAAUCUUCUACACAAAUGUAUUCAUAGGCCCAGCUCAGCUAACUCCUAUUCCUGAUGGAUAUAAUCCUAAAUAUUGGGAGUACCAUCGUCAUCCAAUUACUCGUUUUAUUGCCCGUUAUAUUCACACCAAUCCACAGCAAGAACAUGAAAAGUUUAUGCACUUCAUUGAUGAAGAAGCUCAAAAAGCUAAAUUAAGAGCUCUAGAGCGUGAAAUCAUUAAAAAAAUGGGUGAGAGGCAUGAUUACCAAGCAUACUAUUAUCGACCAAUGGUUAACAAGUAUCUACGUAUUAAUAAGAAAACUGGUGAUGAACUUUAUGACCGCAUUGGCGAUGACUACAAGGAUUAGAAGGAUUUAGUUGUUUUAUAAACAGUGUUAGUAUAUUUUUAGUAAUCAAGCAUAUUGUUACAUAUUAUUUCAAUGUAGAUAAAUAAAUCUUUUCAUUGUUGCAUAAAAAUUGAUUCAUUUGAAGAGUUUCAUAUAAUCACACUUGAAAGUGCAACAAGAUAAAUAAAUUUUGCUUCUACUU